AUGUGCCUUGGAAAAGAACUUAGUAAACGUCAAAAAGGAGAAAUUAUUGCAACAAAAAAGCUAGGGAUACGAAUAGUGAGAUUUCCGCAGUUGUUGGUUGCUCUCGUUCUUCCGUACUACGUGUAUGGGAAUCCCCCCAAAUUGGAGCAGUGGGUAAAGGAGGAAUGGGAUGCGGUACCCAUAAAUUAUUACCGUAAUUUGAUUAAGUCCAUGCCACGUCGGGUUCAGGCUGGUCUUGCAGCGAAUGGGGGUCAAACGAAGUACUGA